UGUGGCAUGUGAUGUUUACAUGACCCUAGGAAGAAAAUGGACGAGCCGACCGUUUCAGGCGGAAACCUGUUGACAAGAGCUUAAGUAAGUCUCCGUGUACAUCAAGUACUUUGGAGACGCCAAAGGUGUAACUUUCAAGGGCAAAGACCUCAGGACAAAGCAACUUGAAGAAGCCAGGAACUAAAGACAGGACAUUUGGUUCAAAACUUGAAGUGGCUCCCCGCCCCGCCCCAAGAGUGCAUGACAGAAAAACAACAACGGAAUCAUUAUGACUACUAAGAAUACAUUUUUAAAAAUUAACAUGACAUCUUGGAUCUUAUAAGAGUCAAGCUCUUCAGGAAAUAAACCAUGAGGGAAACUGGAUUAAAAUCUGCGCAUUGCCAAGGGCAAGAAGCUGAGAACAUGGAGAGAGAGAAGUUUCAGCAGAAGGCUCUGAAGCAAACUAAGCAGAAGAAAUCCAAGUCGGCUGAAUUUCUGAUGGUUAAAGGAGAUAGAGAAGCUACAGAAGGCAUUGGAAAUCCCGCUUUUAACGUGAGCAGUCCAGAUCUCUCAGCAUGUCAGACUGCAGAAAAGAAAGUUAUUAGACAUGACAUGCCGGAUCGCACCCUUGCAGCUCCCCAACAAAAAUUCGGGCUGCCAGCCUCUGCAGAACCAAAAGGAAAUGAAUACGGCAGAAAUUACUUUGACCCACUGAUGGAUGAGGAAAUAAACCCAAGGCAGUGUGCGAUGGAGGUCAGCAGAGAAGAUGACGAGGGAAUUUUCUAUAAUCGAUUAACGAAGCUUUUUGAUGAGAGCAGACAAGGAGAACCCCAAGAUGAGAGCGGCCGGGAGGAGAAUCUGAAUUCCGAAGCACCUGGGAGUUCCAAUAAGAGUCACGAAAUCCACCAAGAAGCCAGUGAAGCCACCCCUGCUUACCUUGAGGAGUUCCAAAGAUAUGCUCAAAAAAAUGUAAUUCUGCUUGGGAGUUCUCCACUAGAACAGGAUUUGAAAUUCGGAGGGGAAGGACUCAACGAAUACAUUCCUAUGUCACUUUUAAAGACUGGCAAAACAUUUGAGAAAUUUCCAAGUCAACCAUUCAUUGCAGACCUAAAUAUUGGUAAAAAGGACAGUGCAGCCCAGCUUGGUACCCUCACAGAAGUAACUAAUGACUCAAAGGGAGCAGCAGGACCCCGCUGGAAGUUCCUGCGUAAUUCAAGAACCCCACGUUUUGUGGAGAAUGAGCAGCCUCAACCACCUCAGCCUCUGCAAAUCUGGAUCAGAUGCCUGAGGGGCUUUAAAGACAAGGCUCCUCCAGGCUCUUAUGUCCUCAAAGUCUCCCUGCUUGGUCGACUGGGAGGCUGUGUCUUGCAGUGGCGGCAAACGGAGCAACUGAAGACCAGAACACGCCCCGUCAGGCACAAUGGAAACUUUUAUGACGUGGGGCUGUAUUUCCAUGAAAAUCUUUAUGUGGUGCUCCCUCAAAAGAAAAAUGUGAGCCCUGGUAUGGCUUUCUUGUUUGAACUCUUUCUCCUUCGUGGCACAUAUGCUUGCCUGGACCGGGCUGUGGGCUGGGCAGUGUUCCCUCUGUGUGAUAACAACUUUAAUAUAGUGGAGGGAAAAUUUAAGUGUCCCCUUCUCCGAAGACAUUAUGACCAGAAACUCAGCAACUUUAGGAAGAUUGAAGAUUUGAUUUGUCUGGACUUGGACCAUUGGCUGUGCAAUCUCUAUUUUCAGGUCAUUAAACUUCCUUUGCAUCUUGAUGGUCAAAAAAAUCAUGAAAGCCAUACUCGACUUUCCCCUGAAUUUCCAGUUUGCCUAAUGGCUAAAGGAGAGAAAGCAGAAUCAAGAAUGGAUAAUACAGCUGGCCUUUCAGAGAAAGAAACAGAGAAGAACGCUUGUGCUUCAAUGGAUGAGGAAGAAGCUAAAUCCACGGUACACUCUUCUCAGGGGAGCAUUACUACUAAAAUCGGUCCCUGUUCUAUGGACUAUGAUCCCAAUCUCUUAAAAGAAGACCUGCACUCUCAGGGAGAUAGCCUGACGGAUCAUUCUGUGAACGAAAAAUCAACUGUUUUGAGAACUGGAGAAGCUGAAGAUUAUUCACAGGACAUAUCUUACUUGGAGGAACUGGAGGAACACCGAUUUUCUGUCUGGUGAGUCACUAUAUCCUUUCUUUUCAU